AUGCUACGAGGCAUCUACAAGACACAAGCCGAUGAUGAGGGUUUACCAGUCUUCCAACCUGAGAUCCACGUAUCACCAUCUACUACGGUCUUCACACCUCCAUUCCAUACUCAUGGCCGACACAUCCAAGAUUCUGACGGAAGGAAGGUAAAGUUAGCCAGUAUCAACUGGUACGGAGCCAGCGACAUCCAUUUCGUCCCAUCUGGAUUGGAUAUACAGCAUCGAGAUGACAUCGCACAGUUGAUCCGAAGACUAGGCUUCAACAGUGUGCGACUCCCGUAUGCCGAUGAGAUCGUGGACAAGAACCCAGUGAUAAACACAUCGCUGAUCGCAAGCAACAUGGAUCUUCUCCAAUUAGCCACGAUCCCCGGCCAGCCAACGGCGUUGGAUAUCUACAACGCCGUAGUGGAAAGCCUCACAGCAGCGGGUCUGCUCGUCAUUAUAAACAACCAUAUUACACAGGCAACAUGGUGUUGCGGUAUCAACCUCUGCGACACAAGCUGGUCAAACGACUGGUUCGGCGGAUCCCUAUUCUGUCGCAUCUCUCAAACCGAAGAGCAAUGGAUCCGAAACUGGGAAACGGUGAUGCGACCGCUUGCAGGGAAUCCACUCGUGCUAGGCGCGGACCUACGAAACGAGCCGCGAGGGCUGUGGGGUACGUUGGACUGGGAGGACUGGGCAAGCGCAGCAGAGAAAGCCUCUGAACGACUGCUGGACAUCAACCCAGACUGGUUGAUGAUCGUGGAAGGAAUCUCAUCGGCGAACGAUCUAUCGCAGGUACGGGAAAGGCCAGUACACCUGAGUCGACCGGGCCGAGUAGUGUACUCGGCGCAUGUGUAUAAGUGGUCAGGCUGGGGCGAUCUUUACCCCUAUUCAGAGCGAACCUACCGAGAAUUCGCAGCAGCGAUGAACAAAAACUGGGCAUACCUGCUCUCCGAACAUAUUGCGCCUGUGUGGGUUGGGGAGUUUGGAAUGCCUGGUGAGCCAUCAGCAGGUGACCAGAACUACUGGAGUCACCUGGUACAAUUCCUAGGCGAGGUCGACGCCAGCUGGGGAUAUUGGGCGCUCAACGCGCGCAAACCAGAUGGGGAAUGGGAGAGCUAUGGGUUGGUGGGGGAUUCGUGGGAUUGGCCGUCGGUACGGUGGGAUUCACGACUGGAUGAUUUGCACGCGCUGGGUCUCAAAGUUAGUUUAAAGGAAGAAAGGACCGAAAAGGGAGAAGGGACCGGAAAGUGA